AUGGCCUUAGUAGAGCUCGAUCCCUCCUUACUAGCCACGCUCAAGGACAAAGUCGUCGUCCUUACGGGCGGGGCGACGGGCAUAGGACGUUCUGCUGUAGAGCAGUUCCAUGCAAGCGGCGCAAAAGUCGUCUUCGGAGACGUCUCCGACAAACCUGCUCAAGAACUGAUCUCAAAACUUGGCCCAUCUGUUCGCUACAUGCACUGCGACACAACACGCUAUGCGGAUCAACUCGCCCUCUUCGCGACAGCCGAGAAGCUAUUCGGUCGUGUCGAUAUCGUGGUCGCGAAUGCCGGAGUCGCACAGCACAAGGACAUUUUCGCUCCAGACCAAGACAUCAAUGAGGAGCCGUCUCUGCGGGAAAUCGAUGUGAAUCUCAAAGGCGUGCUUUUCACAGCAAGGAUCGGUCAACAUUAUCUCCGCAAAGUAGGAGGUGGAGAUAUGAUUCUUGUCAGUAGUAUUGCUGGCUUUAAGGAAACAGGUGGUCUUACCCCGUAUAUGGCGAGCAAGCAUGGGGUUAUUGGGAUCUUGCGGGGGUUAAGACUCACGGCUCUUCCGGAGAAUAUUAGGAUUAAUGCCAUUUGUCCGUGGAUGACGAAAACGCGGCUAGUAGAGGGCAUCGAGGACGGCUGGUAUAAACUAGGCCUUCCUACAAAUGAACCCGCCGACGUUGCGAGGGCGAUUGUCACUUGUGCGACGGCAAACAGAGAAACUGGAGGUAAGACGCACAGAGGAGCGGUAUUGCCGUUUGCGGGAAAUAUCCUUUACGUUGCUGGCGGAAAGGCCUAUGAGAUUGAGGCCAAGCUGCAGGAACUGGAGCCGGUAUGGCUCGGAAAAGAGAACAGUGAGGUUCUUGCAAAAGGACAAGCAUAUUUGGCGUCAGAGGGAACCAGCUGGGAUGCUUCGAAAUCAAAGUUGUAG